CCGCCGUCAUCGCCUUUACGCACGGUCGCGACAGCAGCAGCCGAUCGUCAGGAAGGCUGUCCCUCCGCUGCCUCCGAACGCCCAGAAAACAGACCCCGAGGAGACAAAAACAGCGCCAGACCCGAGCCACGAAGCCCCUCUACACACUCCGAUGGAUUAGUCUGAGUUCGCUGCGACAGUAGAGAAUGGGCUGUGUCCAAUGUAAGGAUAAGGAAGCAGCGAAACUGACGGACGACAGGGAGACCAGCCUGUCGCACAACUCGGGCUACCGCUAUGGCUCAGAGCCCACGCCCCAGCACUACCCGGGCUUCGGCGCCACCACCAUCCCCAACUACAACAACUUCCACAGCGCCGCCACGCAGGGGGUCACCGUGUUCGGAGGGGUGCACAGCUCGUCUCAGUCCGGCACGCUACGGUCACGUGGAGGAACAGGAGUGACUCUGUUCGUGGCCCUGUACGAUUACGAGGCUCGCACCGAAGAUGACCUCAGCUUCAGGAAGGGCGAGCGCUUCCAGAUCCUCAACAGCACGGAGGGGGACUGGUGGGAGGCACGCUCUCUCACCACUGGAGGCACCGGAUACAUCCCCAGUAACUAUGUGGCCCCCGUGGACUCCAUCCAGGCCGAAGACUGGUAUUUUGGAAAACUAGGCCGGAAGGAUGCAGAGAGGCAGCUCCUGUCCAAUGGCAACGCUCGGGGCACUUUCCUUAUCCGAGAGAGUGAGACCACCAAAGGGGCCUACUCUCUGUCCAUCCAGGACUGGGACGAUAUUAAAGGAGACCACGUGAAGCACUACAAAAUCCGCAAGCUGGACAACGGAGGAUACUACAUCACCACCAGAGCGCAGUUUGAGACGCUACAGCAGCUGGUCCAGCACUACUCGGCUCGUGCCGCCGGCCUGUGUUGCCGUCUCAUCGUGCCCUGUCACAAAGGCAUGCCCCGCCUCACAGACCUGUCCGUCAAAACCAAAGACGUGUGGGAGAUCCCCCGAGAGUCUCUGCAGCUCAUCAAGCGCCUGGGCAACGGACAGUUCGGAGAGGUCUGGAUGGGCACCUGGAACGGCACGACCAAGGUGGCGGUGAAGACCCUGAAGCCGGGCACCAUGUCUCCAGAGUCGUUCCUGGAGGAGGCCCAGAUCAUGAAGAAGCUUCGGCACGACAAACUGGUGCAGCUGUACGCCGUCGUGUCCGAGGAGCCCAUCUACAUCGUCACCGAGUACAUGAGCAAAGGAAGUUUGCUGGACUUCUUGAAGGACGGAGAGGGCCGAGGACUCAAGCUUCCAAACCUGGUAGACAUGGCCGCUCAGGUGGCGGCGGGUAUGGCCUACAUCGAGAGAAUGAACUACAUCCACAGAGACCUGCGAUCGGCCAACAUCCUGGUGGGGGACAGUCUGGUGUGUAAGAUCGCCGACUUCGGACUGGCCCGGCUCAUCGAGGACAACGAGUACACCGCCAGACAGGGGGCUAAGUUCCCGAUCAAGUGGACGGCUCCCGAGGCGGCUCUUUACGGGAAGUUCACCAUAAAGUCGGACGUGUGGUCGUUCGGGAUCCUGCUCACGGAGCUGGUGACGAAGGGACGAGUGCCCUACCCAGGCAUGAACAACCGCGAGGUGCUGGAGCAGGUGGAGAGGGGCUACCGCAUGGCGUGCCCCCAGGACUGCCCCUCCUCUCUGCACGAGCUCAUGGUGCAGUGCUGGAAGAAGGACCCCGAGGAGAGGCCCACCUUCGAGUACCUGCAGGCCUUUCUGGAGGACUACUUCACUGCCACGGAGCCUCAGUACCAGCCCGGGGACAACCUCUGAGCCCGCGCCACUGCUGCUAAUGCUAAUGCUACGGCUAAGGUUAAUGCUACCGCGGAAAGCAACGUCCACGUACAGGGAGGAGGGCUGGAGCAAGAGGACCCGUCUGGUUUGGAGGAGUUUUGGGUAGGAUUUUUGGGAAUUGCAAGGUCGAAAUGAUUUGACUUGAUAGGAAUGAUCAGUCAAAACAUGGUUGCGAGGUAGCCUAACAAUUAUGGAAUUCCCUUGCGUGAUUUUAUUAAAUUUUUAAUCUAAAAAAAUGGCCAAACUGAUCUUAAUUGUGUUUUAGUCAAAUGAGCAGUCAUAGGCACUUUACUGCAUUAUAGAUCCAUACUGAAGACAUCAAAUAUACAAAGCAAGUAGUGUUGUAGUCGAGACCACACCAAGACCUCUGAGGGUUGAGACUGAGACAAGAAUUUUAAAGGCCAUCGAGACUAAAUUGAGACCAUCUUUGUCAUUCUCUUCAUUUAUUUGUAUUUCACUCUUAUUUUGGCACAAAUAUAUAUCAAUGUUUUAAAGUUUUUGUUUUUAAGCAACACUCUGCGCCCCUUUUUUGGACGCGCAUCCACAGUUGGAGAACAUCUUCAUUAAUCCCACUUACACUGGCACUUUACAGAAAACUCCUUCAAAGUGAAUCAAGUGGGUAUAAUUUUUAAACUAUCUAGACUUACAUUCUCUUCUUGGUUUUGCAGUGGUAUUUCACAGCCUGUGCUCAUUUACCAAACCAAACGCACAUCGUGACAAACACAGAUGUACCGCACAUCGGUACAAGUUUAUUGCCGACAGCAGCGGCCAUAAUGAAAUAUGAUCGCACUCGACAAACACCAGACCUCAAGUCCAUGACAAGACUCAGUCCAAGAGCCUUCAGAACUGAGACAAUACAGAGUCCAAAUGCGCUAGAGAGAAAAACAACGGUCUUGAGGCCAAUCUCGAGACCAAAACCAAUCUCGAGUACUAUGGCACUAGAGGCAAGAUGUAUGGAAUUAUCUAAAUAAGUUUUAUAUUUUAUAUCAUUUUUUUUAAAUUUCCCAAACCAUCCACCCUUUGCUUUGUGGAGAGCACUGCAAACCCUUGACCCUUGAAGUCUCCUGGCAUGGUUUUCACUUCAGAGCUGUGCCAUGUCGGGGUUCAUUAGAGGCCGCAUCUCAAUUCUCUUUCCUCGUUUCCUUUUCCUUGAUUCCUUUCCUCGAUUAUCCAUUUUUCAGCUGUCGAUGAAACGUGUCAUAUUAUGCGGUGUCCCAGAGUAAACCACGGAAUGAAGGCGUAAACCUGAGGGAGGCUUCAGGAGGCAGGCGUCAGAUAAAAGAAUCAAACUUUAUCGGUCUCAGCGAGCAGUUUAUAUCCUCUGUCUUCGCUCUGUCUUCUCUUUGGGUGGGACUUCCUCACCUAUUUCCUGCAGAAUCAAGGAGAGGAAUCAAGGAGAAGGAAGCGAGGAAAGAGAAAUGACACGCUGCCCAAGAGUAUAAAAAGGAUUACAGUGGCGAAUUGGCUAUUACAAAAAAUGUAAAAUUGAAAACAUGAGUAGAGUUAUUUCACACUUUUUGGUUUACUUCAUUCCGUAUGUGUCCAUUCAUAGUUUUGAUGUCUUCAGUGAGAAUCUACACUGUAAAUAAUAAUAAUAAUUCAAUGUGAUGUAGUCUCACUUUAAGUACAAAUAGAGUAAAUAAGUAAAACAAAAAAAAAACAAAAAAAAAACAUCCUUAAAAAUAUCCUGUCAAUGGGCUAAGAUGUUUUAUGUCAAAUUGUCAGGUUAGGGGAAAAAGUUGUUUCAAGUUAAAACAAUUAACUUUGAAAUAAAUAAUGCAAACAUAAAUUUCUUUGGCUGUCUUAAAAUUGCAAAAUAAUGAAAUAUUGAAACAAGUCAAAUAAUGUGGACCUUGCAAUUCAAAAAUCUUGACUUAAAAUUCCUCAAAUCACGGUAAAUCUUCUUAGUCCAAGCCAUUCGAUGUGGAAAUUGCUUUUGGCCGUGUGCUUGUCCUGUCACCGGCUCCCCAGCAGAGGGCGCCACACUCCACACAUUCGGUCAUCAUGUGGAUCUCCAUUGACUUUGUCCAAGUUUCCCAUGCACCAAGACUUUAACCUGGAAGGACGGAAGAAUUCUCACGAGACUGCCAUGGAGGAAGUUGUACGUAAUGUAAAUAUACCAAAAUUUGCUUGUCUACUUAUCUCUUAUUAUUAUUAUUGUUGUUUAUUUUUCCCGUUUUUCUUACUUUGAUAUUCUCGGAAAACCUUUUGUGUGGAUUUUUUUGAAUCCGAUGAAACAGCUGGUAGUGAGCAGGCAGCGAAGCGUAUAUGAAGUAGGUUUAGAGGUGGUGGGAUAGUUCCUGGGCCUUUCCCUGGAGUCCACCGCACCUUUUUUACAAGCUUAAUUUAAUAAUACUGAUACACCGUCAAAAUAGUAUCUGCGUUGACAAACAAAUGACUUGAAUUCAGAAAUUUUUACAUUUUUUUAUUUAGAUUUUUUAAUGUAUUAGACCUUGACUAUUUGACUGGUGUAAAACAAUAAAAAAAAAUAAAAAUUCUAAUUUCAAAACCAAAUGAUCUGCAUAUAAUAGUUAUUUUAAUAAUUUUUUAAUGUAUUUAAUA